AGUAGUGUAUUGGGUAGAAUAUGGCUCAACGCGUCGUGGACAACCUACAAAACGACUAUCUCAUCUGCAGUAUUUGUCUAGGACGUUAUAACGAUCCCCGUCUUCUACCCUGUGGACAUACUUUUUGCAGACAGUGUCUUUCUGAUCACAUCGAUCAAUCAGUUCGAAGUGCAAAUGCGGAUCACUUCAAAUGCCCAAACGAUCGCGGAGACGUCAGACGACCAGGACCAAACGUCCCUCUCCGUCAAUGGGCUGACAAAUUUCCUGUGGAUACUUUCAUCUCAAGCCUUCUUCAGGCUGUUCAACAUCAUGAACAGGGACCAACGCCUUCAGAACCGGAGGUCAAUGCCAGACCUAGAAGAGGUCCCGUAAAUCCUAGACCCAGGCCACAACAAACCCAACGACCAGGAAGAGGUCCCCAACAGAACCCAGCACCACCUCCACCUCAACACGAAAGUAAUGGACUGACGUGCUUAGAACACCCUGCAAGACAACUAGAAUUCUUUUGCCUAGGAUGUUCAAUUCUAAUUUGUUCUCACUGUGCAGUUCAGAAUCACAGACGUCCUAGAUGCGAAUGCUUGUCCACUGAAGAAGCACUGAGAAAAUUGUCACCAAAGUUAGAACAGUUAAAGACUAAAUUCCAAAACCAACUCUCGUACAUACAGGAUUUGAAUAGAAAUGGAAUGCCCUUUGAUACUGAACUGGAAAACAGCAAAGCAGAAGCUUUUAAUUAUUUGUCUUCUGUCGAAAACAGAGUUAGCGAAUUUACACAACAGUGUCUUCGUGAAAUUGAAAAUUUGAAAUCCACAGUGAGAGAAACUGGACAAAAUAUACCGAGAGAAGAUGGAAACAUGGCUUCAUUACUUAGCAGACUACAAGAAACAAGGCAAGGUUAUGAAAGCAUUUUCAAUGCACCGCCAGGUGAAAAUUUUCUGAGGAAUUUAAACAGAUAUGAGGUGCAGGCCGAUACAUAUGAAUCGGAAAUCGAGAGAGCGAUCUCUAACAAUCCUGUGCCUCAGAUGGAUCUUGUCACUAACGCAGCAUUUCAAAACUUUCUGAGAAACCCGCCACCAGUCGCCCGCAUGGAAAUCAAAGAACUAACCACGGCGAGGCAGCCCCGACAGCAAGUAAGAAGGGAGGCCACAUUUACCAUGUCCAACGGACGGAGAAACCGAUCCUCACGAUGAAACCAAACAUUUUUAUGUUCCACUUGAAACAACGUGUAGACUUAAGAUUUUUGUGCAAAAAAAGUAACAAUAUAUAAUUUUAAUUUAAUUUAUGAAAGGUUACAUUAUCUUGCAUAUACAAACACAUGCUUACAUGGGAUGCUGAUAACCUACGUAUACUCAACCUUUCUACAGAUCUUCUAGGAACCAUUAUAGUUAUAUGUUAUGUGUACCAAUAUUCAACUUACUUUAAAAGCAUAUGCAUGGUGUUGAAAGCUCUGAGAGUAAUUGUAGAAAAUAAAGGGUGAAAGGAAAA